GUUCACAGGUGUGGUGGAAUCUAUCCCAUCUGACUUUGGGCGUGGCAGAGUACACCCUGAACUGUUGUCCAGCAAAUCACUGUCUGUGUGAUAUGCAACCCAACAUACACUGCAGAUGUGUGACGCCAUUCCGGUUGAGUGUAUUUCAACUCUCACCUCUUCUUUUGGACGGACUCAAUCAUCCUGCGUGCUCUGUGACCUGUUAGAAAAGCAUCCCUCUCUUCCAUCUUUCCAUCAUUGCAAAGGUCUGAGACGUUGUGUGUGACACAGAAUUGGAGACAAUAACCAACCAUGGCUUUGAACGUGCCGGGUCUGGUGGUUAUGGCGGCCUUCUACCUACUGAUUCUGGGAACGGGCAUUUGGGCAUCCAUGCGCUCCAGGAAGGAGGAGAAAAAGUGCAAAGGAGAUGGAAUGGAGAUCACACUACUCGCCGGACGGAACAUCAACUUGCUCGUGGGCGUCUUCACCCUUACGGCCACAUGGGUAGGAGGAGGUUUUAUCCUGGGUAUAGCUGAAGCCACAUACAAUCCAACAUUAGGAGCAGUGUGGGCUCUCAUGCCGGUGCCUUACGUUGUUACAUUCUUCUUGGGUGGCUUUUUCUUUGCAAAGCCCAUGAGAGAGAACAAGUAUGUGACCAUGAUGGACCCUUUCCAGAAGAAGUAUGGCAACUUCCUGAGCAGUGUUCUCAUCCUUCCCGCAUUAAUCGCCGAUGUACUGUGGGUGUCGCGCACACUUGUCAGCCUGGGGGGAACAAUGAGUGUGAUCCUGGACCUUUCUUACGUCUAUUCAAUUGUCAUCUCCGCCGUGGUUGCCGUUGUCUACACCCUCCUGGGAGGGCUUUACUCUGUGGCUUACACAGAUGUGAUCCAGCUCACCCUCAUCUUUAUCAGCCUGUGGGUGUGUGUCCCUUUCCUGUUGACCAACCCUCACUCUGUGGACAUCUCACUGACGGCCUACAACCAAACCUUCCAGGCUCCUUGGGUUGGCAAGGUGGAGCUUAAUGAAGCCGGCAAGUGGUUUGACGACUUCAUGCUGCUGGCUCUCGGUGGUUUGGCCUACCAAGCGUUCUACCAGAGGAUCCUGUCUGCCUCAUCUUACAAGCAGGCUCAAUUCACCUGCUUCAUCUCCUCCUCCUUUUGCCUGGUACUGGGUAUCCCCUCGGUGCUGGUGGGAGCCGUGGCCGCAUCUACUGAUUGGAACUCGACAUCCUAUGGACUGCCAACUCCAUAUGUUCGCGGGGAAGUAGGAUCCAUCCUCCCCAUCGCCCUGCAGUACCUCACGCCCACCUACGUGUCUAUCAUCGGGAUCGGUGCUGUAGCCGGUGCUGUCAUGUCCUCCAUGGACUCAGCCCUGCUGUCCUCUGCGUCAUUGUUCUCCUCCAAUAUCUACAAGAACAUCAUUCGGAAGCAGGCGUCAGACCGCGAGAUGCAGUGGGUGAUCCGGAUCUCGGUGGUCGUUGUCGGUCUGGCUGGCACUGGCCUCACCUUCCUGGACAGCAGCGUGCUGGUCUUCUGGCUGGUGGGUGUGGACAUGUCCUACACCAUAAUGUUCCCUCAGCUGGUCUGCGUCCUCUUCUUCAAGGCGUCAAAUGGCUACGGGGCCACCGUGGGCUUCCUAAUGGGAAUCACUCUGAGAAUCAUGAGCGGCGAGCCCCUCGUCAACCUGCCGCCCGUCAUCCGCUUCCCCAACUGCCGGCUGAAUGCCGAGGGCAAGCUUACUCAGUACUUCCCCUUCCGCACUGUGAUCAUGCUCAGCUCGCUGGUCAGCAUCGUCGUCGUGUCUUGGCUGUUGUCUUUGGCUUUCGACAACGGUCUUUUGCCCGAGAAGUGGGAUGUGUACAUGGUCAAGAAGCGCAAGCUGAGCAAACGCGUCGAAGAGAAGACCACUGUAGAAAGCGAAGAGAUGCUCGCAUCCCAGCAGCAACUGGACACCAGCUGCUGAGGGGGCCCUGUCGGGCAAAAGAUGGUGCCGCGAUGGGAGAGGCGGACGCGCUCGCCUGCUCGACGGGGGUUCGCCGAGGGCCGUUAAACAGGAGUGGCUUCACGGUUUCAAUCGAAUCUGGUCAGAAUCUCGGACUUUGCGUCACAUACCGAACAGCCCAACAUCGGCAAUAUGUCCCCCCCCCCGAGUCCCCUAGCACCCCCGCCGUCUUUGUUAUCGUCUUCCUUCUACAAUCAAAUAAACCAUCAAUAAAUGUCAACUUAGCUUGUGUUAUGAUAGUUAACCACCCAUUAACCAGUGUAGCGUACAAUGUGAUUCAUUAAAAACAUCCAAUGACGGAGUCUUCUUAUCAGCUAAUCAUACAUCU